AUGCUCAAAAUGGAUGCUCAUGGAGACCCUCUGGUGCACAUUAACGACUUCCAGCUUCAUGACUUCAUCGACAACACCAAUUUCGAUCAAUUUAUCAAUGUGCUCCGUGGGGAGAAUGAACACUCAUUCUGUAACUUUGAUUCUGACGUUAUCAAUGGCUGCUUAGCUGAUAACCAAUUUCUUCCAUUACCUGAGAACCCAUUUGAGCCUCAUGCUGCUGUAAAUGUUUAUGAUCCCAGCUCUACGCUUAGUUCCUUCUCAUGUUUUGAUGGAGAAGUGACGGGAGGAAGAGGAGAAGAAGAGAAUGAUUCUUCUGCAACAACAAUCACCACCACUGAAACUACCAGUGCUAAUGCCAAACAGAAGCCCAAAACUGAUCGGUCCAAGACUCUUAUCUCUGAAAGGAGGAGGAGGGGCAGAAUGAAGGAGAAGCUUUACGCUUUGCGUUCUUUGGUCCCCAACAUAACUAAGAUGGAUAAGGCCUCCAUCGUGGGCGAUGCUGUAGCAUAUGUGCAGGAGCUGCAAGAGAAAGCUAAGAAGCUGAAGGGUGAGGUUAAAGGGCUUGAAGCAUCCAUGCUAGCGUCAGAAAAUGAUCAGAGAUCAGUUAAAAUCCCCAUGAAGGUUCAAAACAACCACAUCAACUAUCCAAUCUGCAAGAAGAUCAUGCAGAUGGACAUAUUUCCAGUGGAGGAAAGAGGGUUUUAUGUGAAAUUGAUGUGCAGUAAAGGAGAAGGAGUGGCUACCUCCCUGUACAGGGCUCUCGAGUCCCUAGCAGGCUUCAAUGUUCAGAAUUCAAACUUGGCCACAGUUUCUGAGAGAUUUCUACUAACAUUUACAUUAGAUGUGAAAGGUUGCGAGCCAGAAAUUAACCAGCAAAAUCUGAAGCUGUGGGUAGCAAGCGCUCUUCUGAACCAAGGCUUCGAAUUUAUUACAACUUUCCACGCUUGAUUCUGUUCUCCCUCCAGUUACAUCUGACUCUUUCAUGGGCUUCUCUCUUCAAAUCAUGACAAGUGAACAAUAUUCAUUACGCAGCAUCGCAUAACAUUCAAAAUAAUAUUUUCUAUGUGUGAUGUCCUCAGCUUAUUUAAAAAAAAAAAAAACAUGAACACCUUAAUAAUUUAACCGUGCUGUCCUUAAAAAGAACGAUUUGGAGUUGAUGACCAGGUGAAGAAACAUUGUUUGUUAUCUCUUUAUCUCACAGAGUAGCAGAUGUCUAGAAGGCAUUUUCCGUGUGUGGUCCUAAGAAUCUAUCUUUAAAGAAAGGAAAAAUGUGGGGACUAUACUUGGUGGAUAACAUAGUAAUUUUGUUAUACUAAAAAAAAAGCUCCUCACUUUUGCAAGGAGAGCUUUCCAUGCCCAUUGAUUUUCCUAUCUUCAUUUUGUGCCAAACGAGUCUAAUAUGUCGUUAUUAUUACUUUCGUUAUGUAAUAAAUUUGGUAAGAUCUGUACCAUUUUUCUUGAUUUUAUAAUUCAGUAUCAAAACAUUUCCUAUCCUUUUCCAAUUCAUGGGCAUGAGAUGAAGAUCAAGAGAAAAUACAGCUCUUUCUUUCCUUCUUUCUAAUACAAGGUCAAGAUGUUAAGGGAAGAGGUUAAGAGACUUGGUCAUGAUUAACAUAAGAUCAAUCACAACAGAUUUCUAAUUAACCAAGAAAAAAUAAAUCAAUUAUCUCGAAUUCAACAUCAUUAUCAUAAAUGUGAUGAGUUUGCCGCUCUACAGGCAUUGGCUUCUUUGAAGACAUAUUGAGUUGAAAUAGUCCCAUGGUGUCAUAGGAGCUCCCUUAUUAUUAUUUUUUAAAGAAAAAAGUAGCUACUUUCCUGAACCCGAAAUGGUCAAUUAAUUAAUGUGAGUUUUGUAGACCGAGAGCUCCUGACCUUAAAUUAAAUAAUAAAUAUUGAGAGGAGGACCGUGAAGAUCGUGAUCAUUCAUCCAAACCAUCAUGUUUUUUUAAUCAAGGUUGUUAGGAAGGAUUCCUUUUUUUACCAAUGUGGCAAUUCAAAUGCUGAUAUUCUAGACCUUUUCUUCUCCCUUUUGGCAAAUUGUAAAUUUUGUAAUGAAUAACAUUCAUAUUCAAUGAUUUAGUCUAUAUGCAUUAUUUUGAAUCAAACGCACAUUAAUUAAUUAUGUAUUUUCUCUCCUUAAGUAUUAUAAUACGUGCUCUAUGCAAGACUGAAUGGUGAAAAGGGAAGAGCAAAAGUCUAAUGAACCACUGUUGAUAUUGAUGUAAUUGCAAUAUGUUUUCGUUGCAUGUUUUUCUCAAUCAUGUGUUUCUAUUUGUCAUGAUGAGUACUAACCUCCAUGAGCAGUUUCGCAAAGUACUUUGUUUCAUGAAUCGGACUCGUUCAGCUUCCAAUUUGACCUGCUUUAUUGAUAAUACAUGAGGACGCUGCUGAUAUUGAAGUAA